AUGAAAUUCCAAGCUCUUUUGUUACUCGUGCUGAUCAUCUGCACCACACUGUGUGUGGCACAAGGUACCUAUGGUAACUGCUGCUUGGGCCAUGUAAGGAGAGUGAGGCCGCAAGUAAAGCAAAAUAUCGAAAGCUUCAGGAUGCAGGAAACAGAUGGCGAUUGCAACAUCAGGGCUGUCGUUUUUACCGUGAAAAAGAGGCCCGAACAUAAGACUCAGCGCACCAUCUGUGCCAACCCGGACCACCCUUGGGUCCAGGAUUUGAAGGAAGCUGUGAGACAAAGAAUGCUGGCUCAGAAUUAG